AAUGUGAAAAAGAGUCAAGUUGUGAAAAUUAAUGAUCGUCGAACGUAAACGUAGGUCGUAGAUCGCAGGCAGCCCUCAACCUGUUGAGCCCGGGAGAAACGUCGCGACGAGCUUUCAGUAUGUUGAAACGCGUCCGGCUAAGCAACACGAGCUUUACCCGGAAUUAGAGAGAAAAAGCGAAUCAAAAUUCGAGCAUGUCGUGAUGUUCGAUGGUCGGAAUGAUGUCGGGAAUGGGACCUGCCGGCUGCUGGGUGACACACAAGAGGCUGGAGUCGUGGGCUAGGGCGGCCAAAGAACGCGCCCUUGGCACCACCAAGCACAACAACCAAGAAAAUGGAAGCAAUACAAAUUGUAGCAAUAACAGCAUCGAGGAAUUCAACGUAGCGAAGGAGCAACACAUUAUCCAGCCUCCCCAAAACACCUCAGCUCAGGCAUUAACAGCUGAAUUAAUGAAAAUGCCGUUGGAAUUAUGUUCCGCACCCCAAGGCUCGCAUUCGUUGCAACACCAGUCGAAAUCGUAUCCUGGGGGACAGCCACUUUUAUGCCGAACCCCCAGCGUCUCCUCACAAAGUAGCUUAGACAGCAGUGCAUCCAGACAGGGCCACCGAGGCUCGUCCCCGCAGAUCCGCACCUUCGCCCCGGACGGCAAAACGCCCGUCCACCAGGAAGCCAUCCACACCUCCAGCUACCCUCUGCGCAACUCCAGCCGCUCCCCUUCGCCUCUUCGAGCGGCCUCCCUGGACAUCCGCUGCUCGUCCCCCGGAACAUCGACCGUGAGUGGUGAGGAAAUCCGGACGCCUUCUCCGUCGCAAUCCAGCUUGGCGUCGCUCACCGGAGGAUCGGUCAGCUCGUGCAAUUCUCCGAUUCCGGCGUCGCCAAGGACCGUCGGCCUGGGCAGGUGUCUAUCGCCGCUUCUGAUUCCGUCAACGAGAGCACACACGCCGGAAGUUAACGUUGCGGCGCCGCCAGCCAGUCCCCUGGGGGCUAUUCAGCCCGAUCUGUACCUACGGAAGGACGGGCCGCUCUUCAUAGGCAGCAGCCCCAAAGCGGGGCCCAGUUUAGGAAGACUGCACUUUCGGCUCAAGUAUGACUUCGAUAGGAGUGAUCUGGUGGUUCAUUUGAUUGAAGCCCACGACCUGGCGGGCAGCGACCAAGGGGGCUUUAACGACCCCUACGUCCGCCUGGCCCUUUCGCCGGAAGUUGACGCGCGUAAACGCCAAACGACAAUCCGUCGCAACGACCCAAAUCCGUUUUUUGAUCAACACUUCAAAUUUCCAAUAUCGCAUGAAGAUCUGCAAUCGAAAACGCUCAUCCUACAAGUGUUUGAUUACGACCGAUUUUCCCGAAACGAUGUCAUCGGCGAAGUUAGAAUGAGCAUGGACGAAUUCGACGUUACAUCGAGCAUAGAAGUGUGGGGAGAAAUCACCAAAAAUAAAAAACCACCAGAAGAAUUACAAGAAGUGCUCGUCUCACUCAGUUAUUUGCCUUCGGCUGAAAGACUGACGGUGGUGUUACUGAAAGCGAGAAACCUGUUCCUGCCACAGGAGAAGGAUACCAUAGAUCCGUUCGUUAAAGUGUAUCUCCUCGUUAACGGCAAGCGAAUAAAAAAGAAGAAAACAGCCGCCAGAAAGGGCACCACGAACCCAGUCUGGAACGAAGCUUUAACCUUUAGCUUGUCGGCUUCGAACGUGGCUAACGCCGCAAUUGAGAUCUGCAUAAUGGACCAAGCGAACGACUUGAUGGGGAGCAACCCGCUGAUAGGCUGCUGCAUAAUCGGCCCUAAGGAAGCAGGCCCAGAGAGGGACCACUGGCUGGACAUGACUCAAAGUCCGCGAAAAGCUGUGGCUUGCUGGCACACCAUGAGGUAAAUCCCAAUAUGCUCAGUUGUGGAUCGAUUUUAAACGAAUUUAAAAGACAAAAAUGGGUACGAAGAUAAAUGGCACAAGAUGAGUCUACAUGUCCAUAAUUUAAUGUUAUUCUAUGUUAAACGUGAUCAUAUAAUUAAGUGUGUGUAACAAUUAAGUUAAACAUUAAGAGCUUUUUUAGAGUCUCCAAACUCGUUAUUUUAUUGUAAGAGUUGACCUGAUUUAAACGGAACGGCCUCGUCAUUACAAUAAAAAAUGGUAACUAAAUUAUACAAGGAAAACUUAUGAAUUACAUGUGUCCUUUUGAAUGUUUUUACAAGACAAUCAUUUAUUUACCAACUCACUUUUUUAACUGGCAUUUUUAAGAAUUACGAGGGAGAGCGGUCUAAAAGGAUAUUUAUAUUUGAUAUUGUUAUUCUUUGAACACUAACUCUAGUAAAACGCUGCACUUUGUAAUUUAACGAUUGUAAACUUAAACAACCAGAAGAAACGCUUAAAUUGACAUCAGGGAUGUUAAAUUUACAUAUUAUAAAAGUCUUAUGACGUCCCUCUCAUACUUAUGAUGAAUGUUGCUAUCCUUAUAUUUACACUUGAAUUAUAUCAAAUGAAGAAUAUCAUAAUCUAUUUACAUGACUGUAUAUCGAACUGUUUUUAAAUAAGAAAAUUUAUUAAAAUCAAAACUGUACCUAUAAACUAUAACGGUAUAUCAAUUAUUAUAUGAGUACCUAAAUGUUACGUGUUUCUUGGUUCGACACCCGUUUUUAGUUUCUAAUAAUUAUUGUAAACAGUGUACCUUACAGGAUUGUUGCAAUAAAUAUCAGUGAGUAUUU